AUGCAGGUAGGACGUCCGGUCACUAAGGGGGUCCUCAAGGUGACAGAAUCCCUGCCGGAGCCAUCAGGCCUAAGACCAAGGCUGGAGAGAGGCUGGGGAGUCCUAAUGAUGCUCGAGGUGGCCGUAGCAACCACCACGUCACCUCUGCCCACACGGAGCUACGAAGUGGCUGUUUCCCACGCUGUAGACCUCUACAACCAGAAGGCAGCUGGAGACUCUCUCUUCCGGCUCCUAGAGGCAGACCCUCAGCCUGGAUGGGACGGAAAUUCUCAAAGCACUCAAGAGCUGAACUUCCUCAUUAAAGAGACCGGGUGUCUAGUGUCGGAGAAAGCCGUUCCGGAGCAGUGUGACUUCAAAGAGGAUGGGCUGGUGAGAGACUGUUCAGGAUACAUCUUCCCCGAGCAGCAGCCGGCCACCAUCCUGAUCACCUGCGACACAGUGGCUGAGGAGCCUCCUCGUGUCCGGCGGUCCCGGUUUGGAAGGUUUUUCAAAAAAGUGAGGAAGCAGCUCGGCCGGGUUCUCCGCAACUCCCGCAUCACUCUUGGGGGACGAAUGAGAUUCUAA